AUGGCUUUUAUUGGAAGCUUUCCAGAACAUAUCACUGCAGUAUCUAUUGUUUAUAAAGUAAUAGAGGAGAACCCAUUAUUCAUUAAGGAGGACUUGAGACAAUUAAUUUUUAAUGCAAUCUCAGCUGUAAAAAAUUUAUAUGAAGAGAAUUCAGAAAAGCAUAAAAACUUUUUGGGAUACCUUUUAAGGAGAACAUUGAGAGAUAAAACUUGUACUCUAACAAGUCACGACAGCAAACAAAUUACAAAGUCUAUUGAUGUUAUGCACAUUCAUCCCAGAGCUAUCACUCUUUCACAAGAUUGGGUUUUAUUAUUAUCUGGUUGGUGGGUUUUAUCUGUUAUCAUUAUUUGGUUUGAUAAAAAAUUAUUACCAAAAACGGAAAUAGCCAUUAGAGUUUUUCGCACAGCCCAUGAACUUUCCAUGAGAACGGUUGCAAUUUUUAGUCAUGAAGAUAGAUUAUCAAUGCAUCGAAAUAAAGCCGAUGAAGCAUACCAGAUUGGUGAUCCGAAUGUUUAUUCAGCAGUUGGUGCAUAUCUUGCUCAAGAUGAAAUAAUUAAAAUAGCUAAACUUCGUAAUGUCUCAAUGAUUCAUCCUGGUUAUGGAUUUUUAGCUGAAAAUUCUAGUUUUGCUAAGAAAGUUGAAGAGGCUGGAAUAGCUUUUAUUGGACCUACACCUGAUGUUAUUGAAAAAAUGGGCGAUAAAACAAAAGCAAGAAAUUUAGCUAUACAGUGUGGUGUUCCAGUUGUUCCUGGUACUCCGGGACCAAUUUCUACAAUUGAAGAAGCAGAAAAUUUUAUAGCUGAAUAUGGAUUUCCAAUAAUUGUUAAAGCAGCAAUGGGUGGUGGAGGUCGUGGUAUGAGAGUUGUAAAUAGCAGUGAGACAUUGGUAGAAUCGUUUGGAAGAGCUAAAUCAGAAGCUUUGGCUGCUUUUGGUGAUGGGACAGUGUUUUUGGAAAGAUUCUUGGAUAAACCAAGACACAUUGAAGUUCAAAUACUAGCUGAUUCUGCUGGUAAUGUUGUACAUUUGUUUGAACGGGAUUGUUCGGUCCAAAGACGUCAUCAGAAAGUAGUCGAAGUUGCUCCUGCAUUGAAUUUAGAUUCAAAUCUUCGUGAAAAAAUUCUUGCUGAUGCUAUUAAACUUGCCAAAUCUGUAAAUUAUCGCAAUGCUGGUACAGUCGAAUUUUUGGUUGAUCAACAAAAUAGACAUUAUUUUAUUGAAAUUAAUCCAAGAAUUCAAGUUGAACAUACAAUAACAGAGGAGAUUACUGGUAUAGAUAUUGUAGCAGCACAAAUUCAAAUAGCUGGAGGUGCUUUACUUUCUCAUCUAUCACUGAUUCAAAACAGAAUUCAAACCAGAGGAUUUGCAAUCCAGUGUCGUGUUACCACUGAAGACCCAUCAGUGAAUUUUCAACCAGAUACUGGUAGGAUAGAGGUGUAUCGAUCAUCUGGUGGUAAUGGUGUUAGAUUGGAUGGUGGUGCCGGGUAUGCAGGUGCAGUGAUUACACCUCAUUAUGAUUCGUUGUUAGUCAAGUGUACGUGUUGGGGGAAAACUUAUGAAAUUGCUAGGCGUAAGAUAUUACGAGCUUUGGUUGAGUUUAGAAUCAGAGGUGUCAAAACAAAUAUUCCUUUCUUGCAACGACUAUUAACUCAUCCCGUAUUCAUGGAGGGAAAAACAUGGACAACCUUUAUCGAUGCUACACCUGAUCUUUUUAAAUUAGUCGGCAGUAAGAAUAGAGCCCAAAAAAUAUUAAAAUAUUUAGGUGAUGUGAUUGUUAAUGGAAGUAGUAUUAAAGGACAAAUGGGUGAACCAGCCUAUAAGAAACCACUUAUUCUACCAUCAAUUCGAUCAUUGGCAGGACCAGAACCAAUUGAUGUGAACCAUUCACCAGAUUAUGGAUGGAGGCACAUAUUAUUAGAACAAGGUCCCGAAGCAUUUGCUAAGGCUGUUCGUGAUUAUCAGGGUGUUUUGAUUAUGGAUACAACAUGGAGAGAUGCUCAUCAAAAUCUUUUGAGUGUAGCACCUCAUACUGCACAUGCACUUGCUAAUGCCUACUCGCUUGAAAUGUGGGGCGGAGCAACAUUUGAUGUUGCCAUGCGAUUCUUAUAUGAAGAUCCUUGGGAUCGUUUAGCAAAAUUACGUGAAAUUGUUCCAAAUAUUCCAUUCCAAAUGUUAUUGCGUGGUGCCAAUGCAGUAGGCUACACAUCAUACCCAGACAAUAUAAUUUAUGAAUUUUGUCAAAAGGCAAAAGACUACGGAAUGGAUAUAUUUCGUAUUUUUGAUUCGUUGAAUUACAUUGAGAAUAUGCGACUUGGCAUAGAUGCUGUCAAGAAAGCCGGUGGAGUUGUAGAAGCAGCGAUUUGUUAUACAGGAGAUGUUGCUAACCCCAAUAAAACCAAAUAUGAUUUGAAUUAUUAUCUUGAUUUUACAGAACAGUUGGUCAAAGAAGGAAUACAUAUACUUGCUAUAAAAGAUAUGGCUGGAUUUGCUUUUUUGCCUUUUUGUCCUCAAUUAACAGGCAUGUCAGGAGUUACAUCACAACCAUCAAUGGGAGCUGUAGUGUCAGCACUUGAAAAUACAAACCUUGGUACAGGGAUUAGAUUAGAAGAUGUGCAUGCAUUGAAUGAAUAUUGGGAACAAGCACGUAAACUAUAUAGUUGUUUUGAUGCAGGAGUAUUAUCAGCAGAUUCUUCAGUUUACGAGCAUGAAAUGCCAGGUGGACAAUAUACAAAUUUGAUGUUUCAAGCAUCACAACUCGGACUUGGACAAUUGUGGAAAGAAAUUAAAAUUGCAUAUACAGAAGCUAAUAAAUUAUGUGGUGAUAUAGUCAAGGUCACACCAAGUUCAAAAGUUGUAGGAGAUCUUGCACAGUUUAUGGUUUCUAAUAAAUUAAGAUAUUCAGAUGUUAUUGAGAAUGCAAAAACAUUAUCAUUUCCAGUUUCAGUAGUUGAAUUUUUUCAAGGGUAUCUCGGUCAACCAUAUGAAGGAUUUCCUGAACCACUUCGUAGUGAUAUAAUUCGUGAAAUGCCAAGAAUUGAAGGCAGGCCAGGUGCUUCAUUACCACCAAUGGAUUUAGUUGCAUUGAAAAGCGAAUUGGUUAGAAAAUACGGUAAUUCAAUUCGAGAAGUGGAUGUAUUAUCAGCAGCCAUAUAUCCAAAAGUGUUUUCCGAGUAUCGAGAGCAACUUGAAAAAUAUGGGGAUAUUUCAGUGAUCCCGACUAGAUAUUUUGUUUGCAAGCCGGAUAUUGGUGAAGAGCUUAGUAUACAUUUGGAGGAAGGUGUAACAUUGAUUAUAAAAUAUUUGGCAGUUGGGCCACUUAGUCAGAAUACCGGGAGACGAGAAGUUUUCUUUGAAUUGAAUGGUGAGGCUAGAGCUGUUGGUAUCGAGGAUACAAGUGCUGCUGUUGAACACGUUCAAAGAGAAAGGGCAAAUCCUGGUAAUCCCGGAGAAGUAGGAGCACCAAUGUCAGGUGUAGUAGUUGAAAUUAGAGCUAAAGUUGGAGCAGAUAUUAAAAUAGGAGAUCCAAUAAGUGUUUUAUCGGCUAUGAAAAUGGAAACGAUAGUUACAUCACCUGUUUCUGGUAAAGUUGAAUAUAUUGCAGUUAAAGAAAAUGAUUCAUUGAAUGCAGGCGAUUUAGUUGUUAGAAUUGUAAAGAGUGAAGUAAAUGAAUGA